AUGCACUUGCUGAAUGCAGCGAAAUACGUGUCGGGCUUGUUGGUCAUUUUCUGCAACUCUGUCCCGUGGCAAACCCUGGGUGUCUCCCCCUACAGCGUCUGCCUCAUCUGGGUGUGUUCUUAUCUCCUCGGGACGAUUUACAUGUUCGCUUGGGACAUCAAGGUGGACUGGGGACUCAUGCCUGAUCCCGACCAUUUCAUAAGAACGCGGGGAUGCCUGAUGUACCCGUCGUGGAUGUAUCGGAGCAUCGCCGUCGGCAACCUCAUCGGGCGUCUCACCUGGGCCAUGACCCUCAUGCCAUCCACGUUCGAUUCCAUAAGCGGAAACAUGCUCAUUCUCCUGAUAUCUCUGAUGGAGAUUUGUCGUCGCGCAGCGUGGACAGUUGUGCGUCUCGAGCACGAGCACCUGAGCAAUUCCUCGAAAUUCCGGGCCAUGCUCUGGGUACCGCCUCUCUACCAAGACCCGUCGUUGCUGUUCUUCGCGGGGCGAAGUGGCGAGAAGCGGCGGCGCGGCAACGAGGAGGAACGCGUUCGAAAACCAGCGUCUGUGUUUUUCGCGUGA